GGAGGGAGCAUUUGUCUUGCAUUUGUACGUGUGCGGCGUGCGCUUUUGGAUGUGGGAGACCCUCCAAGAGUUCCUCAGCAGGUCGUAAAAACCACUUGGACGCCCUCUGAACUGCUUAUUCGGACAGUAUUACUUUCCACCAUCAUGCACUGUUAGUCCCUUGCUCAGACGGGUCCCAAAUUACAUUGGUGCCACAUUCAGCAGCUAGCAUUGCAUCGGCGUGACCUUGCCAAAUGGCGCCCGAGGGGGUCGAGAUUGCAGCAGCAGUUGCUGCUCUUGCGACAUUCUCAAUUGAGGAUGAACAGCCGAGCCCCAACGGGCUGGCAGAUCCAGUAACGGUCGACAAGUCCAGCUUCAGCAGCGCCACCGGCUUUGCUGAUGUUCCGGCAUUCAAGCUGGCCCUGACAGAGGACGUUCAUGGCUUGAACCAACUCGACGCACUGGUCGCACAAGGCCACGCUCUGCUGACGUCACUGUACACCUACCGAAGCUGUGUGAAGGUCGUUCCACAGGUGCCGCCAGAUCCGCAACUCUACGAAGCGACCUUUGCAAUCCUCCGAGUUGAGGUGGAGCGCAUCAUGACCGUACAUACGUUCCAGGCGAGCGCCGCGCGCCAAUUAUGUAUUGACAUGCAGCGCUUCUCGCACCCGGGCCGGCACAUCAACGGCCCGUCUGUGGCGCACAAGUGGCUGAUGCUGCGCCUGCUGGACGCGCUUCUCCUACUGGACUGUGUGAAGAACUCCAAGCCCAGCCUGGCCACCGACUUCGCCUGGUACAAGGGCCUAUUCGCACAGGUCUCCAACGCGCCUGACGCCGUCAACCCCGAGGCGGACAACCACGACCUGCUACAGGUGUUCUUAACCACUCGCUUCAGCAUUCUCAAAAACUUGAGGGCCGAGCUGGGAAGGCUAGCUAGUUACGACGACAUUCUGACGGACCUCCUCGUCUUCUGCCUGGACACCCUGGAAGCCGAGCGUCCGCCUCCGAGCCGCUCGCGCAACCUCAUAGGCUAUGACAGGCACGUGCUGCUACGGGCAGUCCCCACGCUUCUAGUCUUGGCCACGCCGACUGAGAGACAAGGCGACAAGCUUGGGAGGCGGUUGCACCCAACGAGAUGCCAAGCACUCUUUCGGCGUUGGCCGGUCGUUCCCGCGUUUUGGGACCUCCCCCUCACGCCCGCCGCUGUCGUCAUGGAGCUAUCCCCCUACUUCGACCGCCUCGCUGACUUCAAGCGCUUCGACGUGCGCCCUCCGGAAGACGACAAGUCCCUAGCGGAAGCGCAAAUGCGAUAUUUGCUCGUGUACAAAGCGCGCGAUCUCGCGAUCGCCCACGACGAGUUUUGCUGCCGGCUCGGCGCCGCAGUCAAUCAGAUUCGGCUUCUCGGCGAUACCCCGCCGCCCCCUUCCCUCUGCUCCACCGUCGUGAACCUGACCCUGGAGGGCCUUGCUUUCCUGACGGACUGCGCGCUGGCAGUCUGCGAGCAGAGUGCCUGGAAGUACGCACAUAUCGCCCACAGGGCCCCAGUGCGAGACCCGAAGCGAGCGAAAGACCUGACGGACUACGAGCGCGCGGUGCAAUGUAACUACGCGCCGGAGGAGAAAACGGCGCUGCUUAGGGUGAUCGGUUUCCUGAAAGGCGUCGGGCGUGCCCUUGAACAGUCCCUGAAUCUUCUCUCGCCGCUUAUCUUCGCCGGCAUCUACCUGGACAUCCAAAACCUGGUCCAAGAAACGGUCCACAUGGGGGCGUAUAACAGAAAGGGCGACGUGGCGCUCUUAUUGGAGCAGCUGCGGGCCGUGCUGGGCGAGUUCACACCAGACGGCCGAGCUCUGGUGAACAACGGUGUGAAAGUGCCCGCGGUGGAGGUGCGGCGGGUACGGCCGUCGGCUGCGCAGAUGUACGCCAUUCAAUUCCUGAUGGAAGAGCUCGUCGCCGGAACGACCCCCUCCUCCAGCGCCCCGUCAAACGACCCCCCCAAGGAGUUGCUGCGGUGGCAAAAGCGCUUCCUGCGCCUCCCACACGCGCUUGACGUGAAAGCCCAUUUGAUACGUCUGACUGACGUCAGCGAGCUGUGGUACCGGGAGUUCUUCCUAGAAAGAGCAGGAACUGUUCAGUUUCCUAUCGACUGCUCCCUCCCUUGGAUCCUCGCCUCCCACUCCCUCACCUCCGGCAACCCGUCACUGGUCGACAACGUGCUGCUGCCGUUCGACAUCUAUAACGACGCUGGCAACACCGCGCUCUACACGUUCAAGCAGCGGCAUCUGUACGACGAAGUAGAAGCAGAGAUCGACCUGUGCUUCGACCAAGCGGUUUACAAGUUCGGCGAGCACGCGUUCCGGUGGUUCAAGCGGGAAGCCGCCCGCCAGAUCCUGGAUCCGGCCGUGCUAGCGGCAGCGGAGCGGCUGACCAGCGUAGAGGAGACCGGAAACGACGAAGCGGAGCGGCCCCCGAUUCGGCCGCGCUACUUCGGGCUGUUCAAGCAGAGUCACGUGCAGUUGUUGGGACGUUCCGUGGACGUGACGUCACUCCUGCGCCAGCGCGUCAGCCGGCUGUUUCGGGAGAACGUCGAGUUCCUUCUCGAGCGGCUAGAGGCCACGGGGCUCUGCAGAUUCUUGGAGCACGCAACGCUGAUGAGAAUCCUCGAGCGGGCGCAUGCGCUUCUGUCCAAGGAGCUGUGUCUGGACGAGUUUGCGCUGAUCCUGGCGGAGGGGAACGAGACCGUCAGCAUGACGUCAUUCAGCAGCAGGAUUGGAACCCAGGUGUGGUCCGACCUCCAAACCGACCUCCUCCCUUCCUUCCUCUUCAACUCCGCCACUCAGCGCUUCGUCUCCUCCCCGGGCCACAUCCGAACGCUCCGGCCGCCCAUGCCGCACGCGCAGCCCCACUUUCUAGCGGGGGGCCCAGUCGAAAACGCCGCCGCGGCCCAGCUAGCGGAUCUUUCGGCGCAAUUUGUGGGGGGCGCUCACAUCGACGCUGUUGUGGAGGCGCUCGGAAAGCAGGGCCUGCCGUGGCUGGUGCAUCAAGCGAGCGCGCAUCUGGACCACUUGGUGACCGUCGCCUUACCGAGCCACGCCCGGCCCCUUUUCUCCCACAUUCCGGUUCCGUUCCGUCCGCCCAGAAAAACCGGAAUGUCAAUUGAGAUCCUUUCUGGCCCGGAAGCCUGGCUGGCGCCGCUGCUGGUGCAUCCCAACUUGGAGGGCGCUUUGCAAGUGUUGAAAGAGAUUGGGAAUCUUUUGGCGUUCGUAUCGCUGUUGGACGAAGCAGUGCAAACCAAGGAGACGCGGCAAGUGUUAUGCACGGCGCCCUUCAUUGGAGUCGUCCCGGGGCGGGAGGGCCAGCUGCAGCAACUAGUGGGGCGGGACGAGUCCGCCGGGGCGCCGAUCACUGGGCUCAUCGACCGGGCACUCGCGAGCGUUACCGAGCAGCUGAGUGCGGAAAGCGCGGUGGCUGCGCAACAAAGCAGCAGGGGUUCGCGGAUAGCGGAAACGGUGUACUGGAGCUGUGUAUCAGCGGGCAGUCUGGUGGCCCACUUUCUGGUUCAGCUGCGGGGCCUCCUAGAGCCGUUUCAAACCGACUGGGCGCCCCCGCUGGGCAGCGGCCGCGCUGACUUCGCGCACCUGUAUGCGGCGCUUCACCUGGCUCUCUGCCUGCCCGUACGGAACGGCCCCCCUCAGCCCCGCUGGUCCGGAUUGGGCGACAGCGUGACACUUGGCGGCUUAUCAUUGGUGCACUGCCUCGGGCUGACGUGGCGGUGGAACCUGGCCGACCUGACCCGGGGGCUCGCGCGGCAGGGGGUUGCAGGGGCGCUCGGCAACCGGAGGGGGUCGGGGGGGCCGAAAGCGAGGGACGCUGCGGCGGUGGUCGAGACGGUGGUGCACCUGGCGCGUGUUAGCCAGCGGAGUCUCACGUUCCUCGCGACGCACGGGCCGUCCGAGAUGGCCCUCCAAACGGCUUCUGGGCGUCCUUCGUCACCUGACGGAACUGGCGGGGCCGUGUCCACACCUAUAACUCCAAAAGGCCUUUCAACUCCUGUAACCCCUAGAACCCCGUCGAGUGUUGUAAAUAUAACGCCACGCGCGCACUGAUUGACGAUGCUACUAAUCAUCUCUAAUGAAAACGGUUAAUCAAGAGCCGGAGUGGCCGGUCGACUUAGUAUACCCGUGCCUAGCUGGAAAUGUCCUGUUCGACGUAGUUUCAAAGUUGUGAAGCCGAACCCGAUCGGUAAUGAACAGGCCUGAUCAAGGCCAAUCGCAUGAGGAUCACCGCAGUAAGCGUCACAGAGCACUUUUCUCCUGCACGAAGCUAGCCGUCGAAUCCUUGUCAAUUCGUACAUGGGACUCAAGUAUGUAAUGAUCUUAGCACUCAAUCAUACUCAAUUCUUUGAG